AUGGGUCGGAAGGGGAAAGAAUUAGAUACAUCCGUCAGAAGAAUGGUUGUUAAAGCGUAUAAAGAGAACAGAAAUACAUCAGAAUUGGAGAGAAUAUUAGGAAUUCCUAUGUCUACAAUACGUAGUAUUGUGAAAAAGUUUGAUGAAACGGGACAGGUAGAAAAUCGACGAGGAAGGGGAAGGAAGAAAGUGUUUACAGACAGAGAUAAAAACAAACUUUCACGCGUGGUUAAAGAAAACAAACGAAGAACAUACGAAGACAUAACAGGUAUUAUAAAUGAGGGAAACAAUCAUAGAUUUUGUUCUAGAACUAUAAAAAGAAAAUUCAAGAGCUGGGAUACAAACGGAGGGUUGCCAAAAAAGUCGCUAUUCGCGAGGCCAACAAAAAAGCUCGCUGCAAGUGGUGCAAGGAGAGAAGAAAUUGGACUGUUGAUCGUAAAUGGAAUGAAUGGGUGUUUAGUGAAGAAAGCUAGAUAG